AUGGCAUCAUCAUCGUCAUCGAUGAAACGUCAGCCACCUCUUCGACCUUCAUCUACGACGAAUCGAGCAGUUCGAGGGAUUGAAAAACGUGUCAACAAUCUUGCUUUAUCUAAUGAGCAAAACGAUGAUGAACACGCAAUUGCAAGUGGUAAACAAGUCCCACGUAGUUAUCUACUCAAAUUAAUCAAAGGAUCGCGUACAAAUGGGGUACUUAACUUAGCAUCACGUGGUUUGACCGAAGUUCCAAGAGAAAUCUUCCAAGAUGACAUUGUAGAAGAUGAAAAUCAACAACAACCAAAAGCAAAAACACCAGAUUUUUCUCAAAGCGCUUCGGAAGGCUGGUGGACGCGUGAACCACUCAAAACACUCGAUUUAUCAUCAAACUCGUUGGCUACACUUCCAAAUGAAAUCGAAUUAUUAGAUUACUUGAUCGUCCUUAACAUUCAUAAUAAUCAACUAUCAACAAUACCUGACUCGAUACGACGUUUGAGAUUAUUGGAGAAACUCGUUCUCAGUCAAAAUGAGUUAACUACAUUACCAGAUGGACUCUUCUACUGCUCAUCACUUCUCUACUUGAAUCUAUCGCGUAAUCAUCUAACUAAAGUAUCCAAUAAAAUUGGCGAUCUCUCCUAUCUUCAAGAACUGGAUUUAUCGGAGAAUGACUUCGAAGUCUUUCCCAAACAACUUGGAUACUUGACGAAAUUAACUAAAUUAACAAUUGCAAAGAACCGUCUUCGUGCACUUCCAAAUGAAUUCGGCGCUCUCUAUAAUCUUCGAUCAUUCGACAUGAGUCAUAACCAAGUGACACAGUUACCUGAAAGUUUCGGAGAUUUAAUCAAUCUCGAAGAAGUCUAUGCGAAUGCCAAUCGAUUAGCAGUUUUUCCAUGUUUUAAUCAAUGUGCAAGAUUAAAAGAAAUUCAUCUGGCUGAUAACCAAUUGACUGAGAUAGCCGAUAGUCAACUUGAACCGCUUUUAUCCUUGAUUUCGCUCAACGUUCGUGGCAAUAAAAUACGAGUUCUUCCGGAACAAGUUGCACUCUUGCCAAAUUUAGAAAGACUCGAUGUGACAAACAAUGAACUUGCUGAUUUACCCUCGAAAAUCGCUUUGAACAAGAAAAUGAAGAGCAUCAGCAUUAUUGGAAAUCCUCUAGGAAAGAUUCGUAAAGAUGUUAUUCGUCUUGGAACAGAAGCGAUAAUGAAGUAUCUUCGUAAUCGCUUGACAAUUGAUGAUGGAAAUGGUGGUGGUGAUAGUGAUGAAAAGAAAACAUUUGACAUUCCCAAAUCAGCAGAAACUGAAGACGAAAGAAAACGUCGUUUAUAUACCGAACAUCAUGUGGUACGAAGCACAGGAACAUUUGAUUUGAGUCAUAAAAAUGUAUCAAGUCUAUCGGAUGAAUCAAUUGAACUUAUUUCGAAGGAGAAACCGUCUCAUGUAAAUUUAUCGAAAAAUAAAUUCACCGGAAUGCCUGUUGCAUUGGUGAACUUGUCUGAAUAUCUACUUCAUUUGGAUAUGUCAGCAAAUGGAUUAUUGCAACUGAAUUCUGAAGUUGGUCGAUUGAAAGAAUUACGCUUUUUGGAUUUGAGUACAAAUCGUCUGACAGAUCUUCCAGUGGAACUCAGUUCACUUGAUAAAUUACAAAUUAUAAACUUAUCAAUGAAUAAAUUUGUUCGAUUACCAUCGGUUCUCUAUGACCUAAAGCAUAUUCAAGAAAUUCUUGCCAACGAUAAUCAAUUAGUCGAACUUGAUCCCCAUGGAAUCGUUAAAAUUUCAGCAACAUUAUGUACAUUCAAUGUGCGAAACAAUAAUAUUCAACGAUUACCAGCGGAAUUGAGUAAAUGUACCGCAUUGAAAUCACUUGAUGUCGCAGGCAAUCCAUUUAAAUUACCACGACCAGCAACGAUAGCCAAAGGUACACAAGCUAUACUGGAACAUUUACGAAAUCAAUUGAUUGAAUAA